ACGGAGGGGGUUUUGCUCUGCUUAGACACGGCACGUCACGGUCUAGGGGUUUGUGGUGGUUACCUUUUACCGCACUGCUCUCCCUCCUACCUUCUUCUUCCAUCUCUCCACCACCUUUACCUCUACCCCCACUACCGUUGAUUUUUCUUCCUCUCACCACACACCAGCUUAAGCUUCUUCCAUACAAGUUUCUCGUGCUCGCGUAGCUUACCAUGGCUGACGCAUCGACGCAGAGCUCCGGCUCUCAGCGCAGCCUCAAUCCUUUCGCCAAGCGGGACGAGCAUACACCGCAGUCGAUUCUCCUGUACAAGAUCACGACGAGCCUCAGCUACCUGCUCCUCCUCAUCAGCAGCAUCUACUACGCCAUCCAUGCCCCGGCUGGCGCGCACAACCAUCGCUUCUGGCACAAUAACUACUCGACGCCCUUUGCACAAAGCAGCAUCUUCACUUCCAUCUACUGGCUCAUUCUCUUUGCGCUGCAGCUCGGCUACGCGUACGCACUGUACACGCCUACCACCGCCACGGUCAACUUCGCCGCAAACAUUGGCAGCCACUUCAUCGCCAACAAUCUGCUGCUGUUCGGCUUCGUCAAUCUCUUUGUGAGGAGUCACUUCUGGCUCGCGGAAUUCUUGCUCGUCGUGAACUUCUUCAACCUCACUUUUGCCUACUUCCGCCAUAGCAAUGGUCCCCGCUGGGUCCAUGUUGGUGCAUUGAGUGGCCCGCUUGCCUGGAAUUUCAUCGCACUCUACUGGUGUGGUGCGUUGGCCGUGCAUUCUAACCACUUUGCCGCACGUAUUGUUGCCAAUGUGUUCAUCUGGGGUUGGGUCGGCUAUGGCGCGUUCUACUUGAUCGCAUUCAAGGACUACACAAUGGGAUUCGCGCUGUCAGCUUUGGCGUUCUCUACGGGUGUUGGCCAGUUUCUUACUCGCCCACAUGUUCUGCAGCUCCAGUGGGUCUUCGCCUUUACCAUUGGUGGACUCCUCUUCCUGCUCUCCCUUGCCGUUGGCAUGCCAGGCCUUCUUGGUCGCGAUCCCUUCCCUCGUGGCCAGAUCGUCAGUGAAGACCGCGAGAGGGCGCCGCUACUAUCAGACGACUAGGCUUACUCUUGUGGUAAGAACGGCUCCGCUGGUUUGUCGCCGUGUCCUCUGGGUUCGGCUUCAAAGCUGCCGUAGGCUAUUUUCAGGAGCGUGGACAAAGCUCUGCGAUAUAAGGUCCUUUCCUGAUUCCCAGGAUGGUGUAUCCAGACAUAGGCCUUCUCACGGAGUAGGAGAGGCACUUUAGACACAAACAAUCUUGCGUAGCAGGGAAAUCACAAUCUCAACCCC